AUGAUUGAAGAGGAACUCGCUGGGACUAAGGCUUUCACUCUGCCGCGUGAUCGGUCCAGGUUGUCGGUGAUAUCAGUUGCAGAGACCACGUCACGGAUCCGCGAGAUGAGCUUUAUUGCCACAAUCUGCAUGGCCCAGCUAUGCGCUCAAGCUGGAUUGGGUCAGACACUGGCCACUCUUCGAGACGUAGAGGACAGCAUCGGUUCCAACGACGGAGUAGCCCUGAAUUGGUCCGUAGCUGGCUACAGUUUAGCCAUUGGCACAUUCAUCCUCAUUGCAGGUAGAUUGGGUGAUGUCUUUGGGCACAAGCGCAUAUUCAUCGCCGGCUUUGUGUGGUCCGCUCUGUGGGCCACGCUUUCUGGUCUGGCGAUAUUCUCGAACACGAUGCUCUUCACAUGCGGUCGAGUUUUCCAGGGUACAGGGGCCGCAAUGUCCCUUGCCAAUGGCAUUGCGUUGAUUGGCACCACAUAUCCUGCUGAGAAACGAAAGUCGACAGUGCUCGCUAUUCUCGCAGCGACAUCCUCCAUCGGGUUCAUACUCGGGGCAGGUAUCAGCAGUGCCUUCGCAUUGAUAUGGUGGCCGAUCGCGUAUUGGGUCUUUGCUCUUGUGCUCUGUGCCGUGGCGGUCGUUGGCUACUUUUCCAUUGCUAGUUGGCCAGAAAGCAAAGCUCCUAGGACGUUACGUUCUGUCAUUGACGAUCUCGAUAUACCAGGGGCGGUCAUAGGUGUUGCCUCGGUGGUGCUGAUCAAUUAUGCCUUCAACCAAGCUCCAAUCGAAGGCUGGGCCAGGCUGGACAUCUGGAUUGCGCUGAUCGGUGGGCUACUCCUUAUGACACUCUUCGUGGUCAUCGAGCGUUGCUCCGUCCCCAAUCCCCUCGUCCCCCUUCACGCCUUAUCAGCCAAUGUGGCAUUGAUACUCGGGGCUGUGACCUGCGGCUGGGCCUGCCUUGGCAUCUGGGGCUUUUACACUUGGCAGUUCUUGCAAGUGAUACGAGGUUUGUCGCCUUUGCUUAUUACGGCAUGGUUCAGCCCCGUCGUUGCCAUUGGCAUCCUCGCGGCACUUACGGCAGGCCAGUUGCUCGACAAACUCAGGCCUGCUGCUGUCCUGACAAUAUCUAUGCUGGCCUUCGUGGUGGGUACUUGCCUCAUUGCCCUGGUACCGGAGGAUCAACCUUAUUGGGGACAGACUUUUCUUUGUAUGUGCGUCAUCUCCUGGGCCGUGAGUAUGUCCUGCCCGGCAGCAAUUAUGUUGGUGUCAAACUCGAUGGACAAAACACACCAAGGCGUCGCAGGAGGUCUGGUCAGCGCGGUAAUCAACUAUAGCAUAGCUUUGGGAAUUGGUAUCGGGGGCACAGUUGAAAAAGAAGUGGCCAGCCAUGUCUCGACCGUGUCAGCUGUGCUGAUGGGUUACAGAGCCGCUCUAUGGAUGAGUGUGGGGUUGGCUGGGUUGGGUGUAUUGAUCUGUCUCGCAUUGCAGUUCAAAAUGUACCGAAGACGGCCAAAUCGAUGCUGUGAGUGCCAUGGUAUGUUGGCGGAGAAGAUUGUCGGUGAAGACGGGUUGACUUACACGGUGUAGUAAAUUGCCGGCGUUCUGUGCCGAGUUAGAGAAUGAAGAAAGCAGCAGCUCAGUCUCCAGCUGGCAGGCAGCCACCAAUAAUCCUAAGAAUAAUUAAGCCUCACAUUGAGCUCGUGAUCUGGCUGAAAACCGAUAGGUUCCCAGACCCAUUCGCCUCAAUGGCUAUCCCUUCUGGUAUCGAUGCGUGAUAUCCCUGCACGUGGAAAUAUAGAAUAUGCUUAUGCCCUGCACAUGCAGUUUGGUUGUGGGAAGACGACCAAUCAUCACCGCUUGUGGCAUAAGCGGACUGAAGCGCCACCUGCAUGGCUUUGGUCAAUUUAAAUCACAUGUAAGCGAGAAUUUGAUCGAUUCAGAUUCAG